AUGUCUGCGCCGUCUCUCGCCCCCUACAUCAUGAAGCGCCCGUGGCUGCAGCGCUGGAUGAAGCCCCUCUCCAACUGGUACUGCAACGCCGCUGGCUACAGGCAGCUCGGCCUGAGGGCCGAUGACCUGCUCCCCGAGGAGAACGACACCGUCCAGACCGCUCUCAAGCGUCUCCGACCUCAAGAGGCCUACGACCGUGUCUUCCGUCUGCGCAGGGCUUUCCAGCUCUCCAUGUCCCACCAGCUUCUGCCCAAGGAGGAGUGGACCAAGCCAGAGGAGGACGUCCCAUACCUCAGCCCCCUGAUUACCGAUAUCGAGGCCGAGAUGGCUGAGCGUGAAGACUUUGAGACCAUGAUUGUCCAGAAGAGGCAGAAGAACGCCGCUAGCGGUCACUAA